CGAACAAGAUGAGCAGAACGCACAAACUACCCUCAACAUACGCAGCGCAUGACCUGAGCAGGAUUCAAACUUUGGGCUUAUGCGCUGUUGAUCCUGCACGGCUUACCUCUUUUCAGAAUGAGCUGCUGUUUGUAUUGAAUGAAACAGCCGUGCAAAACGUUGUCAAAGGGGGGUGCUUUUUCAUGUAUAUCUGCCUGUUAUGACGGACACUUCAUUUUAAUAGCUACCUCAGCUGACACCAGCAUUUGUUCCAGCCUACUGCAGCAGCAAUCUCUGAAAAAGAUAGGACUCAUGUCUCCGCUCUCCACAAUUGUUCUCUUAUUUUGUCCGUUAAUGGAAUAACAACGCCCUACGAAAAAGAGGAAAAAGGAAGGUUCUUUUUCAAAGUGAUCUUAAACAUCAUUGCCGUGUCUUGGAACGGAUGUUCAGUGCCGAAUGGCGUUUCAAUGGAUGAUUUAAGAACAAUGUUUACUGCUGAAAGGAGUUGCAAUACAUAAUUUAUGAAUGCCGAAAGGCGCUGCUUUUGUACUUCCGAGAGUAUUCUGUGGUGGGCCAAGUAAUCUGCCACGUCGCUGCCCAUCUCCUUCAUGGCCCGCAGAUUUGUAUUCGCCGGGGAGGCUUGCAAGGGCGAGAGGGUCGCGCCAGCUGCAACUUGACGGGCUUUUUGACCCGGUGACGUACAUUGGAUUCUCUCGUACGAGAAAGCGGAAUAUAUUAUUGUAAGCAGCGGAGAAAAUUGCAAAGGCGCAGAGGGCUGAAGCUAAAGUAAGAGCCUCUUUUCUCAUCUCUGUUAUUGUGUCGGAGAGGCAGCACGAGCGGACAGCAGAGCAUCACUUCGCGGUCUUCUGCAGCCCAGCCGCGCGUAGCAUGCAAGAGCAAUGAUCUGUGAAUGGAAGUAAGUUGCACCACCUGAACUAUGCACCAUCCGGGCUGUUCUGUGCACCUGAAUGCACUAAAAGCCAGCAGGUGCAGGGCAGCUACAAGUUGGCAUGGUAAUGACGAUCAAGAUUGCGAUCCUGGGGGCUCGAGGAGUGGGCAAGACAGCCAUUGUGAGACAGUUCCUUUACAAUGAGUUUAGUGAAACAUAUGUGCCCACUAAAAAGCGGCGUGUCUACCUGCCGGCCGCUGUUCUUAAUGAACAUGUACACAACCUGCAAAUCAUGGACUUCCCUUCUAUCCCAUCUUUUCCGGUCAACACUUUCCAGGAAUGGGCCAAUGCCUGCUGUCGUGGAGUUCGCAGUGCUCAUGCCUAUAUUCUAGUGUAUGAUAUUUGUUGCUUUGACAGUUUUGAAUACAUCAAGACCAUACGGCAGCAAAUUGUCGAGACAAGACUUAUGGGAACAACAGAGACUCCCAUCAUCAUAGUGGGAAACAAGAGGGACCUGCAGCGGAAUCGUGUCAUCCCACGGCGGAAUGUCUCCAAUCUCGUUAAGAAGAACUGGAAGUUUAUGAAUGAAAGCUGUCCAUACAUUUGGAUGAUGUUACGGUCCUGUAUGUAUAUUGUACCAUAUGUGCUCUAUGCAAGUUGAUGGUAUAGUAAGAAAUAAGGAGAGUUUAUUCAGCAUAACAAAAUCUCAACAAGCUGUGCGUACCUAACUGAAACCUGUUCACUUAGAAAUAUUAGUAAACAUGUAUGAAAAAUCAUAUAGUGUAUGGUUAUUGAAAGAGCGUCUCCUCGACUCAGUGGUUAGUGUGUCAGAAUACAAUAUACAUGUAUAGUUCUCUGAUCCUGUAUAUUGUAAUAUAUUUUCAUUUUUUGUCAACAGUUUUAAUGAUAGUAACAUAGGCUCACAAUGACAUAAUAUUGGUUAAACAAAUUUUUUUUGUGUAUAACAAUGAAUUUGGAAUAACAAUAAAGACGUAAUAUUUUGGCCUUCUUUCACAUUAAAAAAACACAAUAACCCUGGCUUUAAAGGCCAUUUUUCUGUUGCCAUAGUGCUUUGGUGUGAACCAUUGGAUUGGUGUGUAUUUGCAUGUGAUUUGAUGUGAUCAACAAAUGAUCAAAAUAAAUAUGUUUAAGUAUUGUCCUUGGUAGGAUGCUGUUUGACUUAGCAUCCAAGCAGUGUGACAAUGAGAAAGCUAAUACAAUGAGUGUACCAUUGAAAAGUAAUAUUUAUAUUGGGGCUUUGAAGAAUUAGUUUACUGUUGUGUAUGUCUAAGAGAAGCAACAAGCACACUAUCUGAUCAUUUUGUGCAUUUUCCAUAGCUGAUGUAGCAUUUUAUAGCAAGCUGGACAAAUAGCAGAUUCAACCAAAGUACUAAUUUCAUUCUUGAAGUUAAAAUCCCAAUAGCUUGAACAGGAAUGUACACAGUUCAAUAAAGUAUUACUUGCAUUCAUUAACACAAACACUUGUUGAAUUGUUGUAAAUAUGCAUAAUUAUUGUCUCCAUUUUGGUUUAAUUGAAUCAAUUGUAUUAUUCCAAAUUGUAAUUAUUUAAAUACAUUCAGCAAUGCAGAAAUAAAAAGAAAUAAUACACAAACAACACGAUUUUUCUAUGAUAAAUCUUGCUGUCACAGAUCAUUUGCCAUAUUCUGUUUUAAGACAUGUUUAGACACCCCUUGUUUUCUCCCUCUCUUCUUGGUGUUAUUACUAUUGUGUUGAUUUACAUUAAUGAUUUUCAUUUUUUUUGACAUUUCACCAGACCAAGCAUUUCGGCAAUAUUGUCUGCUAAUAAGAAAUUUUAAAAAUGCAAGCGUUCACUAAUAACACUAUAGCUGAUCUAUUUAACGUUCUUCCAAAAUGUCCAUCUUUUUUGGUCAGACGGUUUAUAUGGACAUUCUUGUGUGAUACUGAGCAAAUUUAUGGUUGUAGUAACUCAACAUAAAGUGUGUACUUUGUGCCAGAUGUCAACGUAGCAUUUAGGACCUGGCAGGUGCACCAAAGACCUGGUUGCAUAUACGUAGCUGAAAUGUGGACAGAGCAUUCAGUAAAUAAGUAAAAAAAUAUUUGAACAUUUGCAUUUUGUAUUAGAAGUAAGGUUUACGUUUGUUCAACAGCUGAAAUGUGAGUUGUAGUCCAAGGUAAACUACUCCUUCAAACGCGGACUUGAGCAGUGCUAGAAAGCGGUUAGGUGCUAACACCACUUACAAGUAUACCAGGUAACUGAGUAUAGAAUGGCUUUCUUAUUGUUUCUUCUUUUCUUUGGGUUUCAGAAAUACAGCGUAAGCAUUAACUAACGAUAUACACAAUAGCUUAUUACACAGUUUAGCAGAUAUUUUUAAAGCAUAUUUGCUGUGCAAAAUAAAAUAUCUAUAGAUAAAGUUAUAAUUUCCAGGCAGAUUCAUAAGUUUGAAAUGCAUUACAGAAAAAAUGUUUCCCUCAUUAGAAUUUCAAAUGAAUCACUUAUUUAACAGUAUGAUGUAAUAUUUAUAUUUAGAUAAAGUCCUUUUAAAAAAAUUGAUUUAUAUGGCUCAAUGUGUUAUCGUCACAAUUACAGGUAAGGUAAUAUUCUCAGUAAUUAAGUGAUAUUUAAUAGAUGUGUAAUCUGAAAAAUAUUGAGCAUUUCAAUGAAAUUGAAGAAAACUCAUAAAAUAUCAGAUGAAUGAUCAUUUAAUCUGUUGUCUUAGAGUGAGUGUAAAAUAAAGAUUGUUCACUACUUCCAUUUAAAAAGUGUAGAAGUUAAAAAGACAGCAGCUCUCAGUCUUCUUUAACUAAUCUCCUUCAGUAAUUUAAAAUAAUACCCUUUUUGUUUGUAAUAUUUGGAAACUAUUUGACUAAUGUCAGCACACUGUCAUUCUGUAGUAAUUCUAUUAAAUGCAUUGCUGUGUUCAAAUGUUUAUGUAUUUUCUUAUAUAAUAAUUCUGAAUGCAUCAACUUAAGAAUUUUCAUUAGUGCAGAAGAGUUUGUGUGUUUUCCUCAGGAUGUGAUUUACUUCCCCUUUUGCAUCUCUCUUCCGUAAGUCAGAACUUAACAAUUGAAAAGUUACUAAAAGAAAAUCAGUCAUUUUGAAGGACAUCAUGGGUGAAUAUAAACUUGCCAGCAUGUCAUUAAUUUUGGGGCAAUAUUUCAAACUUGAACAGACAUUUAUUUUUAUUUUGCAUAAUAUAUAUUUUUGGGAAUCAGCACCUGUUUAAAAAAUAAACUGAAUUCAGGUACAUGUUUUUGAUUCUGUCUGUUAAAAAAAUGUCAAUGUGCAAUUAACCUUGUAUUUCUACAGUGAGAUUUGCCAAUUUUAUUGUACAUUUUAUUAAUAUAUUUGGGCUGCCUCACAUGAAUUUGAAAUACGUGUAGUGAAUAUUGUUGUUUCUCUCUAUACUUUUCCUGGAUUUUUAAAGAUUGCUGACCAUUCUAUGUACUGUGUGUUUCAAAUUGCUUCCAUUUUCAUUAUACUCAUAAAAAUUAGAUAAAUGCUGUUUU